AUGUUGGCUAUGGACCAAGGAGUGGUGGAGGAAUGGCUGUCAGAAUAUAAGACCUUGCCUGACAGCGCCGUGUCAGCCUAUGCUGCAUCACUUAAAGACAAAGGUGCUCUUGUCCCAGCACUCUACAAGGUCAUCCGGGAGAACUACAGCGAACUGCUGGAACCGGUGUGUCACCAGUUGUUUGAGUUUUAUCGGAGCGGCGAGCCCCAGCUGCAGAGGUUUACCCUUCAGUUCCUUCCGGAGCUCCUGUGGAGUCUUCUGUCUGUCAGCGCGGCAAGGGACCCGCACACCUCGGGCUGCAUCGAAGCCCUUCUUUUGGGCAUUUACAAUUUGGAAAUAGUUGAUAAAGAUGGGCAAAGUAAAGUAUUAUCCUUCACGGUUCCUUCCCUCUCCAAACCUUCAGUGUACCACGAGCCAUCUGCCAUCGGUUCCAUGGCCCUGACAGAAGGCGCUCUCGCCAAUCAUGGGCUGAGUAGGGUGGUCUACAGCGGGCCGCUUCUACAGAGAGAAAACUUUACAGCACAAAACAGAUUUGAGGUGCUAACCUUCCUGUUAUUGUGCUACAAUGCUGCUCUCAGCUACAUGAGCUCCACAUCCCUCCAGUCGCUCUGCCAGAUCAGCUCCAGAGUCUGUAUAUGUGGUUACCCACGGCAACAGAUCCGACGCUACAAAGGUAUCAGCACGCGGAUGACGGUUACAUCAGAGUUCUUGGUUCAGCUCCUCACGGGCAUACACUAUGCAUUGUGUAACGGUGAAGCAGAACUCGGAUCCAAAGCCUUGGACGACGUCCUAUAUCGAGCCCAGUUAGAGUUGUUCCCUGAAGCGCUGUUGAUGGGGAACGCCAUCAAGUCCACACAGCAGGGCGCAACUCUUAAAAACAACACUAAGGAGGGCACGCGAAGUAUCCAGGUGGAGAUCACGCCCACCGCCUCCAGGAUUUCUCGAAAUGCUGUCACUUCUCUUUCUAUACGGGGGCACCGCUGGAAAAGACACGACGCAGUGGAUUUGGGUUCCCCGGAUGAGCUGAUGGACAUUUCCGAAGCGGAAGAAGGCCCGUGGCCGGGUGGGGCGGCGCCCGACGCAACCCCGCCCACUAUCACCAUCAGCAACAGCGUCACCACGUUAAACCUGGGGGCCAAAGCCAUGAAGAAAUGUCGCCUCGGGGGCCGCGGCAGCAAGGACAACGACGGCGCUGACGUGUCCGUCAAACGCGUGGCGCUAACGUCCAGCCAGUCUGUGCCCAAAACGGGUGCGCUUAGCAGCCUGACGCGCACCGCUAGCGCCGUUUUCUCUCGCUCUUUCGAGCAGGUCGCCGCCGGUUCCGCCCCGCCGUCCGGUAACCACACCAACGCCGAUCCCGGCCGGUAUUCCUGCUCCCUGCAGGAGGACGGUAGCGGAUUUCUAAACUCGGGGCCCAACCACACGCAACGUUCGCCUAGCAUUAGCGUGCACCUCAGCUCGGACCUUUAA